UUUGUAUAUCAUCUAAUAUAAUGUCAUCAUUAUUACACAUUACACGACUAUCAUUAGUCAAUUGUUUUGCAUUGAAGUUUUACCAUCAAUUGUUUGCUAACAGAUAUCGACAACAAUUGCCAACAAACCGCCAAAACUAUUGUCUACUAAAACAGUUUAGUCAGUGUUUGCGAUGCUGUCAUCAGUUGCUAACAAUUGACGAGAUUGUGAACGAGUGUCAAAUAAAGACACUGCGAGUCUACAAUCAAGGCUAUACGGAUGAUGGUAAAAGUGGAACCGGUUGUGUGGUCGACGGCUACGGUGGUUAUGUGGUCACCUGUAGCCAUGUCGUCGGCGAUAUGAGGACAGUGUUUCCCAAAUGUCAGUUACCGCCAAACUAUCAAAAGAUAACCAAACGUGCAUUUGUAUUGUAUGUCGAGCCGUAUAACGAGUUGGCAUUGAUUAAGAUCUGUUACAAAGCCGAUGACCGGCUAAUGGAAGAAUUGGACGAUUUCGAGUACGCCGACGAAAUGGCCGAUUUCGGCGAACAUGUAGUUUGUUUGGGUUAUCCCCGAACUAAAUACAUGAUGUCGACCACUGGCUAUAUAAACAGUCCGCAAUCUAUUCAAAUACAGCCAUAUUUCAAUCACUAUCGAUCAGCGGACAGCUUCCACAUUGAACAUACAUGCGGUACGUCCAACGGGUUUUCUGGCAGUCCCAUCAUUGAUGAAUCGGGAAAGUUGAUUGGCAUACAUCAUAGUAAAGCCGAUCGUAACAAAAAGUUUGCAAAUCCAACGGAUCAAUUGUCUGAGUUUAUGGAGAAUAGUAUCGAUUUUCUUGAGAAACAGGAGAUGAUAACUGAAGACGAAGACAGAAAACGUUUGAUUAGACAGAAAAAUACUUUUGAUGACAACCGACGUCUGGGACUAGAGAUCUAUUGGUAUAAUAUAUUUUAUGUUAAAGAGUAUCGUAAGUAUAUUAAAAUGGAUGGACGAAAAUUUAAAAAGAAACAGUUGACCUACGAGGCCAGUGGUAUAUUUGUUUGGACAGUUGUCACCAGUAAUGAACAAAAUCAUUUACUACAAGACUUUGAUAUAAUUAUUCAAAUUAAUUAUCAAAAUGUUAACUCAAUUAACGACUUGAGUCAAGCACUGGUAGCCAAUGUUGGAAAAGCUAUUAUAUUGACAGUCAUACGCAAAGAGAAAGAAUAUGAGAUACCUGUUAGUACCGAUCAAAUGUUUGAAUCAUUUAAUAGUAUUUGA